AAAAUUUUAAAAUUGAGAGCUGGAGUGAAUUGCAGUUGCGCUGUUACUCCGCACAGCACGGGUGCGUCACGACAGCAGCAGUCCUAACAGAGCCAGUCCAAAACAAACACCCAGAACACCCGGAAGACGUGUACGUAGGACGCCGACAGACUCCAGAAAUCGUUUAAUCAUGGCACAUAUGUUCAGUAUCUCUGACAAUGAUUUGGAGAUGGAGACAGAGACAUCUGAAGACCGUGAGGACCCGGGCCCGACAAAAAAUAACAGUGGAUCACUGCAGAAAACAAACCAGCAUAUCACUGUGCCUGAAAAUCUGAAAGGACAACAGCUAUGGAAACACAUGAAUCUUUCGCUGGAUGAUGAGGACCUGCUGGACACUGGGCCAGCAGAUGAAAGUGAUCUUUUCAGGCGGAGAUCUCGCUCGGCUCCUCCUGCAUUUUGGGCAGCUAAGAAAUAUGGCCGACAGCUAAGGAGAAUGAGUGAUGAGUUUGACAUCCUCCAUGAUAAAAAGUUGAAGAAGGUGAAGAGUGAAGGAACGACAUGUCAGCUGCGGCAGUCCCCCAGCUGGUUUGCUUUCCUUUGGAGUCACAAAGAGUCUGAUACUGAGUCGCGCCACACGGAGUGAUCAACAGUGAAUGAAUGAUGGAAGAAGAGAGAAAAGAGGACUACUGUACAUAACAACUGGUGGAGGAAUAAAAGGAUGCACUGCUGUGAAGAGAGUGAUUUUAAACCCUUUUCAUGAACUACAUUGAGACCCGUGACUGUUGAAAAGCACGAUUGGUUUCUCGCUGGCAUGUGCUAUCCCACAAAGAUGACAAAAAAUGGAGAAUCUCCUUAAGCUCUGGGAAUAUUAUGCAUUAAAUCUCACGAAUAUGAAAAGCUGAAUAUCAGUUUGCUCAAAGCGCAGACUUUCUGUAACUCUGCCACAUCAGUUUUCAUAUUCAGAUGAAAUCGUUUUUAACAAAAGCACAUCGAAAGAAGUUAAAGGUUUUUUACUGUACAUCAUCUGUUAAAUUAAUUUUUACCUACAUUUUUAGACCAUCAGGUGUACAUAAUCUUUUUACGGUAAAGGGACUUUGGCCAUUUUGAAGAGUCAUCUUGCUUUAUUACCAUCUCUGAGUCAUAAAAAACUCUUGGAAUUGUCUACAACCAAUAAGCAAAAGAGUCCAAAAACCAAGAAUGUGUCUACAUACCCAAGAGAGCAGGAGGCAUAAUCAUUACUGGUAUUACUUGAAAAUUACAGAUUAUAAAUGCUUUGUAAUUUUUUUUAUUAAUUAAAAACAACAUUUUAUUGUGAUGUUACUUGUUGUUGUUUAUAACCAAUAUAGAUAAAUAAAUAAAAAAUAAACCACUUUUAA